AUGCGGCCGAGGAGCCCCGGACUACUGCUGCUGCUGCUCUGUGGCCUGCGAGCUGAGAUUCAGGAAGAAGAAAUCAGAGCGAUGGUGGGCAGUGAUGUCUGGCUCAGCUGCAUUUACCCUGAAGGAAACAGCUUCGAUUUAAAUGACCUUUAUGUUUACUGGCAAAUCAGCGUGCCGGGCAAACGGAACACCAACUCUGUGGUGACUUACUACCUCUCGGGAAACAGCUCUGCCGGCCACGUUAACAACCACUACAAAGACCGGGCCCGGCUGUCCCUGGACGGCAUGCAGCAGGGCAACUUUUCCCUAAACCUGCACAAUGUCACUCCCCAGGACGAGCAGAAGUUCAACUGCCUGGUGUUUCGGAAAUCCUUAGAAUUAGAAAAGAUUUUGGAAGUCACGGUCACGCUAAAUGUGGCAGCAAACUACAGCAUGCCAGUGGUCAGCGGCCCAUCUCAGGACGAGGAGUUCGUCUUCACGUGCACGUCCACGAAUGGCUACCCGCGGCCCAACGUGUACUGGAUCAACAAGACGGACAACAGCCUGCUGGACGACACCCUGCAGAACAGCACCGUGUCCCUAAACGCGCGGGGCCUGUACAACGUGGUCAGCGUCCUGCGGAUCGGGCGGAGUCCCGCCAUCGACGUGGGCUGCUGCAUCGAGAAUGUGGUUCUUCACCAGAACCUGACCAGCGGCCAGACAGAAAUGUUCGCGGGAACCAAGGACAGCAUCACAGAGGACCCAGUGGACGACAUCCAAGAUGCGGUGAACCGGCCGGUUCUCAGCGUCCUUGCCGUGCUGGUCGUGGCCGUGGGCGUGGGCGUGGCCACGGGCUGGCUGUGCAGGCGGAGAUGUCUCUACAGAAGCUACGCAGGCGCCCAGGCUGCGAGGCCAGAGCUGGAGCUCACGCGUCAGUUUGCCAGGAGGGAAGGAGACCCGUGGAGGGAGCGUGGGUCCACGGGCUCGGGCGAGCUGGGCGCUCCACUCUCUCUGGGCCCGCCUUUCAGCACGGGUGCUACUCGAUGA